GCUUUGGUCAGUUACUGGGCAGUUACUGUCGAAGAUGCAUCGACGACAGAUGAUUGCUUUUUCCCUAUUAAGUUUGGGCGGUUUGGCCGCUAUUUCAGCCGAGCCAAUAAAUCGCAAUUCACGUUACAAUUAUCAAUUGUCAACUGAUUGUAGGAGUAAUUAUUCCUCUGAUUGUGGUGCAAGUAACACAAUAAAUUCUAUUGUAACCGCAAACAACAAUAGUGCGGUUUUCAAGAAUGAUGAAGAGCAAGUUCUAUCGAAUGGAGAAAACACUUAUAUUGAAGAAGGGAGAGGAAAAAAGAAGAAGGGAUAUGGAAAAAUGUUUAUGAUGAUGGCGGGUGUCGCAAAAGCAACAUUACUCUAUGCAAUGAUACAUGUCGUUGGUGCCUUGGCUACAAAAGCUCUGAUAGUUGCAAAAGUAGCUUUAGCCAUUGCAACUGCAGUUGCUUUAAAAAAAGCUUUAGAACAUCCUGAGAAAACAUCUUAUGAAAUUGUGAAACAUCCACAUCAUUCGUAUAUUAAUACGCACAGUACGAGCGUCGAUUAUGAUCAUCAUGGAAGUCCUGAUGACACCGGUGGUUAUCGAAGAAGAAGGAGAAGAAGAGCUCGAUAAUUUUAAUAAUUUUUUUGUAAAAUUUUUCAAAAAUUCUCAAAACAAGUACAAAACUUCUCGUAAAAUAUUUCUCAUCUAAAAAAAAAAAAACAGAAAUGCAACAAAUAAAGAAGCAAUCGUUCAUUUUA